CAUCCCUUCUCUCUCGCUCGAGAUUUCUUCGGAAACCCUAGCUCUGAUUCUCUGACCUAGCAUCACUUGUCUGUGGACUCCUCUUCUACUCGUAGUAGCUUUUUCUUCUUUCGCAAGUUUCCAUUGUUGCUGUAACUUCAUCACAAUGCCGGUUAAACGAUCUCGCAUUGCAAGAUCUUCGAGCUUGGGAGAGACCGGUUUGUUCAGCCAAGUGAGGCCGAUUGAUGCUCCGACAGCUAUUUGGGAAAACAAUCCAGCUCCGUCUGCCGUUAAAAGACCGGUUCAGAAGUUCUCGAAGCCGUCAUAUGUGAAACCAGAGAAAUCUUGCCAAAAGAUUCUGACGAUUGCAUCGCCUGUUCGGGAGUCGAGCUCGGAGGAUCCUGAAUCUUGCGUUGAUGCCAAGGUUGGCAGGUUUCUUGAGGCAUGCUAUCUCUGCAAGAAGAAGAUUGGCGAGAGAGAUGAAGUUUUCAUGUACAGUUACUUGCGUGCAUUUUGCAGCUGCCAAUGUCGAGAUCAACAAAUUGCUUUAGACAAAGGAAUAGAGAAAUCUGCUGGAGAUUCAACAGAAAAUGCAGUUUUGAGACAUUGGGAGCAGAACUUGAAGGGCUGUUAUGGUGGUCAAAAGCCUCAAAUUGAGAAGGAUAUGGUUUCUUAGUUGCAUAUUCAACAGAAAGUUUUAUCUACUAGAUGGAACAGUGCACAGCUGUCAGGUUUUCAUGGAAGAAGCAUUGUUCACUUCUAUUUCUCAACCCCGACAUGUAAAUUGGUCUUGUACAAAUCAACUUGCUGUUUAGAAUUGGACAUUCCCAUUAUAAUCUGAUAUUUCUACUUAAUAGUGUUGAAGCUGUGCA